AUGGUCCACCUCAAGCACAAGGUGGAGGAGGGGGAUGGAUUGGCCCAGGAGCUGCAGAAGCGCGUGAAGAGCGUGAACCAGGAAUUGGUGCAUCUGGCCGCCGUGAUGCGGCAGAUGGCGCCACAUUUGAAGAACAUCUUCGUUGCUGGGAAGGCCGAGCCUGCCGAUCAAUGGAUCGCGAAGAUGCUUGACCAUCUCAAUGGUAAUGACGGCAUCCUUCCUGGCCUGUGGGGCGUCUCCGAAGAAAGCGUCGAGGCUUGGGACUUGCUGGAGACUUUCCAAAUGCGUUGCCGAAGGUUUGUGCAACACAGCAAAGCUUCAGACCAGAGCGCGUCCCAGCUGCGUCUGCUCCUGUACUGGUUGUUCCAGGAUUCCCGCGCUGCCCUCGAUGGCAAGAGAGCCGAGGAGAAACAGCCCUGGGUGGAGAUGGUGAAGCUGCUGAGGCAGCUGAGCGGCGAGUACAACGUCUUAGAUCCCUAG